UGCCUGCGUGGAGCUCUCUGAUUGGACGGAGCUGAUUCUAGUGCGAGCUCUGCACUCAUUGGCCGAGAGGUUGGAGCCAAUGGGGUGGGGGGGCUGGGGGGGAGGGGGAGGGGGAAGGGGAGGGGGAAGGGGACGGGGGGAAGAGGGAGGUGUUGUGGGGGGAGGAGAGGCGAGAGGAGGAAGGCAAGGGGCGGAUGGGGAAGGAGGAAGGGUGAGAGGUGGGGAAGGGGGGGUGGGGGAGAGAGAGAGAGGGGGAGGGGGAGGGGAAGGAGGAGGAGAAGCAGCAGCAGCAGGAGGAGGAGGAGGGGUAGGGAGAGGGUGGGAGGCGAGGGAGGAUUUCUGGGUGAGUCAGGGCGUUCCGGCAGUGCUGCUGCUGCUGCAGAGCCGGCAGCAGGAGGUGCGGGAGAGAGCAGCAGCGACAGUGGGGGUGUUUGCGGUCGCUGACUCUAUUGGGGCAGGAUUCGAGGAGGAGCAGUUGGAGGGAGUGGAGGUGGAGGUAGAAGAGGAGGAGGAGGAGGGAGAGGUGGGAGCGGGGCAGGGAGGGAGAGGAGCAGGAGGGAUGGUGGGGGGAGGCGGUGGGAUGGGGGGAGAGUGGAGAGGAGGGGGAGGGGUGGAUGGAGGAGAUGGAGGAGGGGAAGGAAGGGGAAGGGGAGCGCGACAGGGGGAUGGGUGGGAUAUGGUGAUGGGUGAGAGAGGGGGAGGGGGAGUGGGGGAGGCGGGGAGCAGUGGGCGGGUGAGUGCGUUUAUACGAGGGGGCGGAGUGGAGGUGCUGGUUCACAUGGCAGGCCGGCACGGGCCUGAGGGGCCGCGGUUCGAAGCGACUAAGGUGUGUGAGGAGGGCUUGGGCUUGUAUGUGGCAGUUAGUGGGCGCGGAUGUGGCAAGGGAGGUGGUGAGAUUGGGGGAAGCUGUUCAGAACUAUCUCACGGUAUCCUAACACCCUUUCCCUUUCCAUCCCUCCACCCCACCAUUUUCCCUCCCCACGGCCCGACCCCUCAGGCCCUGGCGAAUCUGUCAGUGGGCGUGGAUGUGGCAAGGGAGGUGGUGAGGGUGGGCGGAGUGGGCGUGCUGCUGUCCCUCCUCACUCACUCCAACGGCUGUAUCGCCGAGUCUGCUGCAGGAGCGCUCUGGAACCUCUCAGUGGCUGACGAAUACAAGGUGCGUGGUAUCGCCGAGUCUGCAGCAGGGGCACUCUGGAACCUAUCAGUGGCUGACGAGUACAAGGUGCGUGCGUGUGUAUGGAGUCGAUUCAAGGAAGGUGGUGAGGGUGUGGAGAGUGGCCCGAGUGGGGGUGGGGCUGCUGCAGGGGCGCUCUGGAACCUUUCAGUGGCUGAUGAGUACAAGACGUACAUCAUGCGAGCAGGAGGCAUCACCACACUGGUAGACCUUAUGGCCACCACUCCUCCUCCUUCUGCUCCGUCCAUGAGCGGAGGUGAUGAGCCCCUUCCAGGGGACUGUGUCCUCGAGAGGGUAACGGGAGCGUUGGCCAAUCUAGCAGUGGACGACGAGUGCAGCACGGCUAUAGUGGAGAGGGGAGGGGUGGCGGCGCUGGUGCGUGUGCUUGUGGGGUGCCGUCAUGACCUCGUGCUCGAGCAGGCUGCCAGGGCCCUCGCUAACCUCGCUGCCCACGGCGACUGCAACCGCAACUCCGCUGCUGUUGGAGCAGAGCCUUCUGCCAUCCCUGCGCUGGUUGCUCUUCUGCAGUCGCCAAAUGAAAGCCUAAGGGCCCUCGCUAACCUCGCUGCACACGGUGACUGCAACCGCAACUCCGCUGCUGUUGGGGCCGAGCCCUCUGCCAUCCCUGCAUUAGUGGCGCUGCUGCAAUCGUCCAAUGAAAGCUUAAGGUGGGUGUGGGAGGUGACUCAGGGAGGCGAUCGCAGCAGUAGCAACCUAGAGCAGCAACUUCAUGCUCCCACCCCUCUCUCACACCCCUCCCGUUCACAUCCCAGGCAAGAGGGAGCAGGCGCGCUAUGGAAUCUAUCAUUCCACGAGGGCAACAGGGAGGCGAUUGCAGCAGCAGGGGGGGCGGAGGCGCUGGUUCGCCUGGCGCAGGAGUCGUGUUUGCCCGGUGCAGAAGAGGACACACAGGAGCGAGCCGCUGGUGCCCUAUGGGGCUGUCUGUUACUGAAGCCAACAGGUGCGUACGUAUUGAGUCAAUACUGUACCUAUCGUGCUCUCGCAUUCUCUUAUGUUGCUCCAAUGAAGCUAAUUUUCCCUCGGAUUCCUCCCGUUGCUGCUCUGUGCAUGCCCCCAUGCAGUGUGGCCAUUGGCCGGGCGGGUGGGGUGGAGACUUUGCUCAGCCUUGCCCAGUCGCGCAAGCAGGAGGUCCAAGAGACUGCCACUGGCGCGCUUUGGAAUCUAGCCUUCCAUCCAAGCAACGCCGCCCGCAUUCUCGUGAACAGUGGCGUGCCCAUCAUGGGCGCAAUCAUUGCUGCUUCCCUGCAGCCCUCCGCCCUUGACCACUUCUCCUCAGCCCCCACCUCCCCCUCCUCUGCCACCACA